UUGGACAGUUGGACACGCUGGACGCGGAGCAGGACCCACGCAGGAGGCACAAACCGGACACCGUGUUCUUCAUUUGCGGCUUUAACACGAUGGAGCCAGCCUUCGGUGAGGUGAACCAACUCGGCGGUGUUUUCGUGAACGGCAGGCCGCUCCCCAACGCGAUCCGGCUCCGGAUAGUGGAGCUGGCCCAGCUGGGGAUUCGACCCUGUGACAUCAGCAGGCAGCUGCGCGUCUCCCACGGCUGCGUCAGCAAGAUCCUGGCCCGCUACAACGAGACCGGCUCCAUCCUCCCAGGGGCCAUCGGAGGCAGCAAGCCGCGGGUCACCACACCCACCGUGGUCAAACACAUACGGACAUACAAGCAGAGAGACCCGGGGAUUUUUGCCUGGGAGAUCCGGGACAGGCUACUCGCCGACGGGGUUUGCGACAAGUUCAAUCUGCCGUCAGUCAGCUCCAUCAGUCGGAUCCUGCGCAACAAGAUCGGGAAUCUGUCCCAGCAGAGCCAGUAUGAGUCGGGCAAGCAGGCGCCUCAUCCACCGCCACAACCCACGAUACCCUACAACCACUUAUACUCAUACCCGACAUCUAAAGUGCCCACUCCCCCUGGCAUGCCCACUCUUCCCGGACACAUGGCCAUGCACAGGAUAUGGCCUUCCUCGCAUUCUGUCACAGAUAUUCUGGGGAUACGGUCUAUCACAGAGCAACAAAUUAGUGACAGUCCAUCCUUUCCCAGCACCAAACUAGAAGAAUGGAGCGCUAUAAACAGGAGUAAUUUCCCAGCAGUCAGUGGCGUGGAUAAACCGCAUUUAGAACCUGAAGCAAAAUACACACAGACGCUGAAUGGAUUGCCCACAGUGAACAGCUAUGUCACAGCACCCAGCAUCCAUCCCUACCACCCUCCCACCACCCAAGUGUCACCCUACAUGGGGUACAGCGGCACCACGUCGGCCUAUGUGACCGGUCCCACAUGGCAGCCGGCCAGUGGCAGUGCUCUAUCUCCCCACAACUGUGACAUCGCCACCCCUCUGGCCUUCAAGGGCAUGACAGCCAACCGUGACGCCAUCCACCCAGUCACCGCCUCGGCGCUGUGA